AUGUCGUCGGGGUCGGUGUUUGUGCCGCCUAGGAAGCGUAGAAAGACGCAGCUCGCCUGUAACCCGUGCCGCGCCCGCAAGUCUGGCUGCGACGGGGCGCGUCCGGUGUGCUCUCCGUGCCGGUCCAAGGGCUGGCAGCAGCAGUGCACCUAUCAAGAAUCGGUCUUGCACGCGUCGUCCAGACCAUCAAUAUCGGAGCUUCAACGGAGAUUGGAGCGCCUUGAGGGCUCACCUGCGCCUCAAGCUGCUAUCCAUGCCAAUAGCAAUUCGACGGUGUCAGGUUUGGAUGGUUCAGAGACCAUCCGUGGCCCGCCGCCGGCUCGCACCGGAGUCGUAGACAGUGUCGAUCCGGGGGAUAUCGGGCCAACUCGACGACAGGCCGAGAAUGCUCCAAGAUACAUAUCCCAGCUGAACGGCCCGCCAUCUCACACGGACGAUGAAACCAUCUACGGUCUGUCAUCAAACAUUUCGUUCCUCCGGCAAGUGACGCAGGUCGCCGAUCCGAAGAAAUCCGCCAGCAAAAGCCCAACUGAAGUCAACGACGAAGCAGAGGAGAGGGCCUCUACCGUCCUCGGCUUCUCCACGACACGGCCGAAAAGCCCCGAUCCGUUACCAGACCCCGUAAUGCUGCCAGAAAGGUGGCUCGCCGAUAGCUUGAUCCAGUUCUUCAUGGAGUUUGUCCAUCCAGUCUUCCCGAUCCUCCACCGCCCGUCCUUUGCCUCCUCGUACGAAGCCCUGUGGCAGCCGGCCAGAGACCGCGAUCCCAAGCGAGAGUUUAAAGAUGUGCUUUUUAACGCGACUUUGAGUAUAGUUCUGGCCUUAGGAUCCCAACGGACAGAUCAGGUGGCGGUAGCGGAGCAGGUUCGCCUGGCAGACAAGUUCUACAUGCAGUCCGUGAGGCUCGUCUCGGUCGACACGCUGGACCAUUCGUCGCUGCAGGUCGUGCAGCUGCUACUGCUGAGAGGACUCUAUCUGCACUACACGCAGUACGCGGAUCGAUGCUGGAAUACCGUGGGCGUGGCCUUGCGAGUCGCACAAGGUCUUGGGCUGCAUGCGCAGAGUGACAAGGCCACCGGGGAGAACCAGCUCAAGAGGGAGAUGAGAAGGCGAGUCUGGCACUGUUGUUUGACUCUGGACCGCCUCACAGCAACCACAUUUGGGAGGCCUGUUCUCCUCUCUCGUCAGUAUUCCGUCCCGACGCCGGCGACGGUAGAUGACGAGCACCUGGCGGAAACGACCGAAGGCGUGCAGCCGCCUGACAGACCAUCAUACCUGGACUUUUUCGUUCGCUCCUUGGAAUUGUUCGAUGUCCUGAACGAGAUCCUGGCCAAAUUCUACUCGGACGGCGACUCUGCGCUGGAGCGGAGAGCCGAGUAUCUCAACGAUGUCCUCCAGCUCUCAUCGAAGCUGGAUAAUCUGAGUGCCUCUAUGCCUGACUAUUUGAGAGAAGACGCAGACCUCUCGCAUCUUGACGAAGAACUCAGUAGCUGCCUGCAGAUGCAGGCGAACAUCAUCAAGUCCAGGGUUCUCUGGAUCAGGCUUCUGCUUCUGCGCCCGUUGCUUCUCGCCGAAGCACGGAAAGGAAACCACUCGAGAUUGGCUGCUGUCCCUCGCUCAUCGAACCUCGGAGAAGGCCUCGGCCACGCCGCCAACAUGCUCUGCGUCGCAACGGCCCACAGCGUGCUCCAGGAGCUGUGCGAGAAACUGGGUAGUGCCAGGCAGAACUCACCGUGGCAUGUGCUGCUUUUCACGUUCGCCGCGGCCUCGACGUUGGUUGUAGCCACGCUGUGUCCCGACCUCGGGGUCGACUUCGACACGGAGCCGACGAGGACGUCGUGGGAUCGGGCCCUGCACAUAUUCGAAUUUCACAAGAGGCACGUCAGCUCCGCAGCGAGGGGCAUCGAGGUGUUGCAGAAGUUCCGCGAGUCGGUUGCCGCUGUUUCGCGACAGGAGGCGCCGAGCGGCCCAGCAGGUAUGAUGACCCGGGACAGUAGCUCAGAGCAAGCCACAAUAAGAAGGAAAAAGAAGAAUAGAGCCAUGAAGAUGAGACUGACAGCGAACGAAGAAGCAAACCAUGUCGCCCACACGGAACAGGGCGAUCUCCUCAUGCCGUUCGGAUCUGUCCCUGGCUUGAGCCAGACGCCCGUGGCGCAGGACUUUGGCGAUUUUCUGAGCUCGGAUUUGCUCAACGAAAGCUGGUUCAACACACAGGGCAUAGACUUUGGCAACUGGGCGCUCUUCCCAUGA